GAAGUUUGGAAACAGGAAAAAAUCUAUGAGAAGGGAAGAAAGUUGGAGAUCACGUUGAAAAAAAUGAGCAGAAUUUAUCACAACACGUCUUUAGAGAACAAACCGGUGCACAAUGAGAGGUUUGACCGGGCGUGGCGUCCCUCUUCGUAUGAAAGUGGACCUGGGGUCCUUGUGGAAGGGAAGCUGCUGGAUAUGUCCAGACAUUCAAUCAGUGACACCAACGAUCAAAAGGUGCGUUUCUACGUGCUGUACAUCAAACCCGGACGGAUCCACCAGAGGAAGUUUGAGGCCAGUGGGAAGGAGGUGGAGCCGAACUUCAGCGACACCAAAAAAGUCAACACCGGCUUCCUGAUGUCCUCCUACAAGGUGGAAGCCAAAGGAGAAUCGGACCGUCUGACUGAGGAUCAGCUGUCGCAGAUGAUCAACAAAGCUGAGCUGGUUAAAAUCACAGACAAGCUCCGACCUGCUGGCACCUGGGCCUUCUGGUACCCAGAGUCGGAGAUGGACAAAACUGAGCUGGAAACGGGACAGGAAGUCCGACUGAAGACCAAAGGAAACAGUCCCUUUAUAUUCUCUUUGGCCAAAGUGGACAGCGGGACGGUGACCAAGUGCAACUUUGCUGGAGAUGAAAAGGCCGGAGCCUCGUGGACGGACAAGAUAAUGUCCAAGAAGGCAGACGGCAGCAGCUCCCAGAAGCCUGGAGGAGCAGGAGAGGGAGCAGAGGAGGACGAAUGGGAUGACUGAGUACACCAUCUCUCAUCGUCCGGAUCCAUCCUCGGUCCUGAUCCAGUCUUCAGGGUUAUCCUGGCUUGCUAAACAGGCUUCAGUUUAUUUGCCUUAAAGAAGAAAAUCCUUGAUCGCCUCUGACGUUCAGGACUGGACUGAUAACAAAAAAUUAAAUGUAUAAUUUUCCUCUAUUUUAUUCCUUGGAUCAAAUGCCCUCAUUUAGAAAAAUGGCACCAGUCACUGUUACAAAGUCAUUUCUGUUUUUUAUUUUCUGAUCAUUUAUUUUUAAAGUUGUGCCGCAGAAAGAGUUUGUUUCACUUCAUCAUCAUUAAUAAGGACAUAAGAAUGUUUAUUUCUCAUUGUUUUGCUACAACGAAAUCUGUACAAAAAUAACGGAAAAAUAUAAAGAAUACAUCACAAGACA